AUGGUUGAUGCUCAACUACUGAAGCCGGCACGGGCCCCUCUGGUUCUGCACAAGCCUUUCAUGGUUGUUUGGAAUGCACCAACUGAGCAGUGCAGGCUGCGGUACAAGGUGGACCUGGAUCUCAGUGUUUUUGACAUUGCAUCCAACAUCAAUGAGACUUUGAGUGGAUCCAAUGUGACAAUUUUCUAUCACACUCAUUUGGGAUACUAUCCCUACUACUCAGACAACGGAGACCCUGUCAAUGGAGGAGUGCCCCAGAACGAAAGCCUGAUCAAACACCUUAACAAAGCAAAGUCUGACAUUGACUAUUGCAUACCCAUGAAGAAAUUUCAGGGACUUGCAGUCAUUGACUGGGAAAACUGGAGACCUCAGUGGGAUAGGAACUGGGGCAGUAAAAGUAUUUAUAGAAAUAAAUCUCUUGAGAUGGUUAGGAGACAGCAUCCUCAGUGGUCAGAGGACAAAAUCAGGAAAGUGGCUAAAGAGGAAUUUGAAAGUGCUGGCAAGAGUUUUAUGAACAACACUAUCCUUCUGGCUGAGCAUAUGAGACCAAACGGUUUGUGGGGUUACUAUCUUUACCCAGACUGCUACAAUUAUGACUACAAAGAACACCCCCAGACAUACACGGGGAAAUGUCCACCCAUUGAGUCUUCCCGCAAUGACCUCCUGCUUUGGCUAUGGAAGGAAAGCACUGCUCUCUACCCUUCAAUAUACCUGGAUUAUAUACUGAAGUCAAGUCCAAAUGCACUGAAGUUUGUUCACUAUCGGGUGAAGGAGGCAAUACGAGUUGCCUCAAUUGCUAGAAAAGACUACAUUUUGCCCGUUUAUGUCUACUCCAGACCCUUUUAUGCCUAUACUUUUCAUGUUUUAACAGAG